AUGGAGAGUGUCAAGAAUGGUAUCUUAAUGAGACUUCCAACUGGUUUUAAAUUCGAACCGACGGAUGAAGAGCUCAUUCUUCAUUACCUGCGCAAUAAGGUCAUGUCCCGCCCAUUGCCCUCUCUCAUUAUACCCGAAUUUGAAAUCUGUAAAUCGGAUCCCUGGGAUUUGCCAGGUGAUUCUGAUCAGAAAGAGAAAUACUUCUUCAGCGUCAAUGAAGCCAUUUACCCAAAUGGGGACAUCCCCAGCCGCUCCUUCGGCUACUGGAAGGCCACCGGAAUCGACAGACAAAUCGUGGCUUCAGAGGGAAAUGAAGUAAUUCUGGGUAUGAUGAAAAUCUUUGUCUAUUACAGAGGCAUGUUUCCAAACGGUUUCGAGACCGAUUGGUUCAUGCACCAGUAUCGCAUGCCUAGCUCGGACAAUGCUGCGGCCGCCAUGAACAAGAACUGGGUUCUGAGCAAGAUUUAUCGAAAGAAGGAGGCGAAGAUGCGGUUCUUCUACGAUCUGACCGUUGAUCCUUCUUCUUCUUUUUCUUCUUCUUCUUCUUCUGCCGAUUCAAGUGAGAUUACGGUGGAAAGCCCUCUUACCCAUGAACCAGAUCAUCAAGAGGAAAGCAGCAGCAACAGCAGCAAUAAACCUUAG